GAGCAAGUAGGAAAAGAGAAUCGGGGGCAAGGAAGUGCGACUGUGAGAGAGAGUUGGUAAAAGACACAGCUAGCUAAGCUAAGGGGGGAGAAGAUGAACACAGACAUCACAGCAUCGACGAAGCCAGAAUACCCGGUCAUAGAUCGGAACCCUCCUUUCACCAAAGUCGUUGGAAACUUCAGCUCCCUUGACUACCUACGUUUUGUUACCAUCACCGGCGUCUCCGUCACCGUCGGCUAUCUUUCCGGAAUAAAGCCAGGGAUUAGGGGACCGUCAAUGGUGACGGGAGGUCUGAUUGGGCUGAUGGGUGGCUUCAUGUACGCUUACCAGAACUCCGCUGGCAGACUCAUGGGCUUUUUCCCCAACGACGAUGAGGUAGCUCGUUACAGGAAAUGAACCCCACAAAAAUUUUAAAAAAAUAAAAAUUUAAAACUUGAAACAUAAUUUCCAAGUUUAGGGUUUUUCUCUUCUUAAUUUCUUUUUCCAGACAUUUACAUGAUCUUCAACUCAAAUGAGAUUGUUGUUGUUUUUCUGAAGAAAUUCAGACUGUGGAGUGGAAUUUUUGUAAUUUUCUGAGGUUAAUUGUGAUUUAUGGAUUGCAAGUCUA